AUGAACACAGGGGACCCGUGGCCCAUCACGGAACUACGUGCGCCAGUUAUCGAGUCGCUGGCGAUGGCUGCGGUGGACCUGGUCGGCACUCCCAACCCACUCCCGGCGGGUUUCCGGGCGAAUUACCUGACGACCCGCGGGCCUGCGACCGGAGCAAUGAGAAGUCUUAUCUAA